GGAACAAAGUGAGAAGAGAAGGACUGUGAUUUUCAGAAUGCAUGGAAAGUGGAUUUCUGCUCUGCUCCUGCUGCAGAUGAGUUGCUGCUUCAGAUCUGUGAACUGUGGAAAGGUAUUGGUGUGGCCGAUGGAAUUCAGUCACUGGAUGAACAUAAAGAUAAUACUGGAUGAACUUGUUCAGAGGGGCCAUGAAGUCACUGUUCUGAAACCUUCAGCUUACUAUUUUCUUGAUCCCAAAAAAUCACCUGGCCUCAAGUUUGAAACUUUUCCUACCUCUGUCAGUAAAGAUGAUCUGGAAAAAUAUUUCAUAAGGGUUGUGGACGUGUGGACUUAUGAGGUUCCACGAGAUACGUGUUUGUCAUAUUCUCCUUUACUGCAAAAUAUGAUUGAUGAGUUUUCUGAUUAUUAUCAAAAUCUUUGUAAAGAUGUUGUUUCAAACAAACAGCUCAUGACAAAACUACAGGAAUCCAAGUUUGAUGUCCUUUUGUCGGAUCCUGUUGCUUCCUGUGGGGAGCUGAUAGCUGAACUGCUCCAGAUUCCUUUUCUCUACAGUCUUCGCUUCUCUCCAGGCUACCAGAUUGAAAAGUCCAGUGGAAGAUUUAUACUCCCUCCCUCUUAUGUACCUGUAAUUUUGUCAGGAUUAGGUGGCCAAAUGACAUUUAUAGAAAGAGUAAAAAAUAUGAUAUGUAUGCUUUAUUUUGACUUUUGGUUCCAGACAUUUAAUGCCAAGAAAUGGGAUUCAUUUUACAGUGAAUAUUUGGGAAGGCCAACCACCUUAGCUGAGACCAUGGGCAAAGCAGAAAUGUGGCUCAUUCGGUCCUACUGGGAUUUGGAGUUUCCUCACCCAACCUUACCAAAUAUUGAAUAUGUUGGAGGACUCCAUUUGAAACCUGCUAAACCUUUACCUAAGGAUAUGGAAGAAUUUGUCCAGAGCUCGGGAGACCAGGGUGUGGUGGUGUUUUCUCUUGGGUCAAUGGUCAGUAACAUGACAGAAGAUAAGGCCAAUGCAAUUGCAUGGGCUCUUGCCCAGAUUCCACAAAAGGUUCUUUGGAAAUUUGAUGGCAAAACCCCGGCAACCUUAGGACCCAAUACCAAAGUCUACAAGUGGCUCCCUCAGAAUGACCUCCUUGGUCAUCCAAAAACCAAAGCCUUUGUAACUCAUGGUGGAGCCAAUGGUGUCUAUGAGGCUAUCUAUCAUGGAAUCCCUAUGAUUGGCAUUCCUUUGUUUGGAGAACAACAUGAUAACAUUGCCCAGAUGGUCGCCAAAGGAGCAGCUGUUACAUUGAAUAUCAGAACAUUUUCAAGGUCAGAUUUGCUCAACGCACUGGAGGAAGUCUUAUACAAUCCUUCCUAUAAAAAGAAUGCUAUGUGGCUGUCAACCAUUCACCAUGACCAACCUAUGAAGCCUUUGGACAGGGCUGUUUUCUGGAUUGAAUUUGUCAUGCGCCACAAAAGUGCCAAGCACCUAAGACCACUUGGACAUAACCUUACCUGGUACCAGUACCACUCUCUGGAUGUGAUUGGAUUCCUUCUUGCCUGUGUGGCAGCUAUUGCUGCCAUUGCUGUGAAGUGCCUCCUGUUCAUUUACCGAUUCUUCAUAAAGAAAGAAACGAAAAUGAAGAAUGAAUAGAGCUCAUUAACAAUUCACUACAUGAACAAACUUUCAGCCUCAUUCUAAUUUAUGAACCACUUUCUAAACACUGAUUUUUUUUAUCAAGUCAGAUAGUCUUUGUAAAUUUUUAUCAUGUAAGAAGACAGAUAAGACUAUGAAUACUGAAAUGUUAUCAAAAAUCCCAUUUUUUUAAAUUUUCAAACUAUUUAAUGCAAAAAUAUUAUAGAAAAAUGUGGAAAAUAAAGAUGUACUUGAUAGAGUCUUAAAAAUCAAAGUAUUAACCUUACAAUAUUUCAAUAUUUCCAUUUGCCUCUUUCACCAAGACUGAAUCUGUAGUUUUCAUAGAACUCCACAAUCAAAAAAAUAGCUAACUUACACAUUACAAAUACUGACAUAUAAAUAUGUUUUUCCUGUAAUAGUCUUAAUUGAUUGUAGUCUCAGAUAAAGUGUGGUAUGUUUUGGAUAUCAGUUUUAAAGGGUACGAAUCUGUAGGCUAUUUUGUUCCUGUAGUAAAAUGUGAUGACCAAACACAAGGGAACACAAGCAGCUCAAAGGAAAACCAGAACAGUUUAGUUUGAAUUCUCUAUACAGAUCCUUAGGAUGCAUGAGAGCUGGGAAGGCAGGGUAUGAGGCAGCCAGAGGAGGAAGCUUACUCAUCACAUCUCAACCACAUAUAGAAAGCAUAGAGAGUGAGCAGAAAGUGGAGCUAAGUUAUAAACUUUCAAAGCUUGCUCCAGUGAUAUACUUCCUCCAAAGAUUUAACUCAUUUAAUUAAGAUUACAUAGCCUCAAACAACAUUACCAAUUUAGGAAAAACUGCUCAAAUUCAUCAGCCCUUCUGAAAUAUUUUAUAUUCAAACCACAACAGGAAAUAACCCUGUUUCUUCAUUCUUAUCUUUUAGCAUACCUUACGUUGUUACCAUUCUAAUAUUUAAAGUUCUAACACAGCACUAUAGAAAACUUGUACUUCUUCAGUAUAAUUUAACUGUGAUCAUGAGGUAUAAUGUUCAUUGGAAAUGAAGUAUAUGAACAGGAAACAAAUAGAAGUCCUAACUAAAGUAAGCAUUAUACUGUUUUCCACAAACUAUCAUAACCUUUUAGGACUCACAAAAAUUAUUAAUUCUGAAAAAAUAAAUCAAAAGGAGAAAACCUAGAUCAUCUUCCACACAUAGAAUUCAAAAGGAUAAUUGUGAACAUACUCAAAGUAUACAAAAUUUAAAAAAUAUUAAUCACUUUAGUCAACUAGAAGAAUGCAGAAAUAAACUGACCGAAGUUAAAGAAAACAUAAACCAAGAGGUUCAACUAAUAAGAUAAUUGGGGACAUUAAAACAGUAUUCAAUGAAGAGGUUGAAAUACUGAAGAAAAUGAAAACUGAAAUUAACUGGUAAUAAAACCUCAAUUGGAGGCUGGACAGUGGUGGCGCAUGCCUUUAAUCCCAGCACUUGGGAGGCAGAGACAGGCAGAUUUCUGAGUUUGAGGCCAGCCUGGUCUCCCGAGUGAGUUCCAGGACAGCCAAAAAAAAAAUAAAACUCAACUAGUAAAAUUAUAAAUGUAAUAGAAACCUUCGACAAGAGAAUGAAUGAAGUGGUAGACAGAACAUCAGGAAUUCAAGAAAGAGGAGAAUAACUGAACCCUUCAAUCAAAGAUGACUAUACAUUUAAAAAAUACAUGAAUAUUGCAACAGAAAAAAAUGAGUUUAAUGUCAAUGGCACCAAAAUAUCCAUGAUGAAGCCAUAUAAAAAACUGAUAUUAUAGAGGAACAAAAAUCUCAUCCAGGUAGAAGUCAUUGGAAGAAUGAGUAAAAAGGACCAGCAAAGUCAAUAACGAUACACAAUAGCAUAUUAAUUAAAAUUAAAGCACUAAAAACAAAAGUGAAAAAGAAAUAUUGGAAGCUGCAAUAAAAAAGUUUAAAGUCACAUAUGUCAUUUCAGUCCCGUUUGGUCUCCCUUCUUCCCUGGACCUUGGACCUGGUCUACGUGGACAAAGGGAGCAGAGUCAAUCAACAGGAUUUCAGACAGUCCAUGAUUACAAAUAGUAUUAAUGACAUAAUGGAACCAGCUUCAGGAAGGCAUAUCAACUUUACUUGGAGUAAUUUAAGGGCUGUAUAGUUUUGGGCUAAAGGAAUAGGAAUAUCCAGGGUAGGUAAAGGUCAUUGGCUUAAAGUACUCAGGUACUUCACUACCAUGGGGAAGCAUUUCAGGAAUCACACAUGCUAGCUGAACAGGUUCUUUUUAAUAAAAAUGUAUUUCAUUGUU